AUGGUCAGUCAAACUGCACAUUCCAUUCUCCACCCAUAACCAAGCUCGUCUGAACGCUCUGCACAUCCUACAGCACGGCGUGAAGCGGUCUCGGAUCCCCCCCGUCGCGGACACGGCCGAAGUCGCUCGCAAGAAGCAUGAGAAGGAGCAGCAGAAGAUCCAGGAAUACACGGCGUUGACGGAUGAGCUGGUUGCUAAGGUAUGGCUAUCCUCCUGGUCGAGGGUAUUGCUCUAGUCGAGCUGCUCCUCCCGCCGUCCUGGCUUCGAGGGUGCUGACAAGGUGUAGGCUGAUCUUGAUCAUUCGUUUCUAUGACACAGAGUAAAACCGAAGACUAUUCACAAGCUACUUUGGAUCUGAGUACGAAGGUGCUGCAACUCAACCCGGAGUAUCAAACGGGGUGGUCGAUCCGGCGAAGAGUCUUACUUCGAGGACCGCUUGCUCAAGCGCAAGUCACACAUACAACUUUGGUCGUUCAAGCGAGCCUUCCAUGUCUGAUCUGAUCACCAACCUGCGGCUUUCACAGUGACGAACCAACACAACAAGCGAUCCUAGAAGCCGACCUCAACCUCACCAACUCGGCGCUGCGACAAAACCCCAAGAACUACUCGACGUGGGAACACCGCAAGUGGGUCUUGGAGACGAUGCCGGACGCCAACUGGGCCUUUGAAAUGAAGAUGGUCGAGGCUUAUUUGGAAAAGGAUGGAAGGAACUGUACGUCCUCGGUUGUGGGCGUUGAGAAGACACUGGCGCUUCAGAAAGAAUUGACCACCUGCCCUCCCACAUUGAACAGUCCAUAGCUGGGAUUACCGCCGAUACAUCGUCGCAUCAUUGUCGGAGCUGCACGCCAAGGAGGAUGCCAAAGCGAGCGAGUCUGGGGCUUCACCAGAAGCAUCAACUUCAAGAUCCACUCCUAAUCCUAAACGACCCCGACCUACGACCACCAGCGAGCUCGCGUACUCGAAACGAAAGAUCGCCGAGAACUUUAGCAACUUUUCGGCAUGGCAUUAUCGAUCCAAGCUGCUGCCCAAGUUAUGGGAAGAACAAGGCUGGGAGGAAGGAAGCGAGCCGAGAGCGAAGCAGGUUGAUGAAGGUCUGUUCGGGACAUCAUGUGUCUUGAGGGAAGCCGUGGGGUUACUGAUAGGCGUCGAUCCUCUCAAAACUAGAAUUUCACCUGGUCAAGCAGGCCAUCUGGUCAGACCCCAACGAUCAAAGUGCUUGGCUAUACCACCGAUGGCUGGUUGGGAGGGGUGGGUCUACGUUGCUCGGCGCUCGGGGAUGGGGCAAAGCUGAUGCAAGUGGAGUUUGUCGUACAACCUACAGGAGCUCUCGCAAUCGUUCGGCGCGAGAUCGACGGGAUCAAAGAGCUGCUCGAGGAAGAGCCAGAUUCCCGAUGUGAGUCAGGGUAGUUGGAAGGAGCGGAAGCGUUCGAGGUGGUCAUAUGUCUCGUCGCACCCGAGCUAAGGAAGAAGGGGGCUACCGUGGUGGUGCUGAAACACUGCUCGGUGGUUCCCUCUCUCCUCCAUUCGGCUGCUCGAGGCACAUGACCCCGUCGAUCGCUUGCUUCUUGCGACUAUGGCAGCCGAAGCUGACGAUCUUCACCCACUCAAUUAUUCAAUUUCUGUAUCACAGGGUGUCUAGAUUCACUCAUUUAUUACCAACGACUUCUUCACUCGCUCCUCGGAGACGGCGACGUUGUGGAGCGCGAUGAACUGAAUGCUUCGAACCUGGCGAUGCUCAAUAUACUCAAGAUCGUCGAUCCGAUGCGCAAGGGGAGGUAUCAGGACUUGGGUUAG